CCAUGUCAAGGCGCAAGGUGUCGUGGAGCAACGCUCCCCGAUAUAUUAGCAAAUCUAUGUUGCUACACGUGCAACACGUUACUGGCAGCAAAUCGAGACUUCGGAUGUCCGUGUAGCAGCGUUGGUAAAAAGCUUUCCCGCCUAGAUCCAAAUACUUCAUUCAAUGUGGUAAUCGGAAUCACGGGUCCCCCUGCCAUUAUAGAGGUUGCAGUGAUGCUGGACACGGUCGAGGGUCUCCGGGUUGUCACGAUAAGCUGCAAAGGUGUUGUACUCGCCGUUGUUAUCUGCUUCGCGAUAUUAAUAGACGCCCGAGAUGUGAUACUGUUCACAGUAUGUCCGUUGUCAUAUGCGUUUCUGCCCGGGGGCCUAAUUCCGUGGCCGCAGUUGUCCAGAUUGGCAACGCUCCACGGCACGGGACUACCAUUUUACAGUGCUUUAACGUUGCUACAUCAGUGUUACGACCAUAUCGAAGUGCUACAUACCAGCAAUCGAGUCCCCGAGUUGACCCCUCGACAAUGAUGUAACUGGAGGCGGUACUUCAUAUCUGCAUGUCUUCGAGCUCAUGUGCAAUCGUGUGCAUUGAAGACGAGAGCGCUCAGCGCAUUCUGGUGAAUCACAUUAUGGGCAACACUCAUAACGCACUGUCAUAUCCACAAACUAUACCUCGUCCGGCCUGGUCCAUAAACCACCACCUCACGGCCUAUAAGGUUGCAGGAAGGAAGCUGUCCGACGGUAGUACGAGAAGGAAAUUGUUUUAAGGCGGGGGUCAAUGAUAGUCUACGAAAUCGUCAGUGAUGCGGUGCCAUCAGCUCACCUCAGACAAGCCACGACAUGGAAAACAUGCUAACCUCUCGAUAAUGGUGCAUGAUACAUCCUGCAUAGUAUCACCUUCGCUCGUCGAUAAGUACGACCUAUGACUUACUGUCCGUCCUUCGAUGAAUCAA